ACCUAUGAUUGUAAACAUACAAGUCUGUGACGAAAAUAAACAAAUUUUAGACGAACAUUUCCAGAACGCAAACCCCAUUGAAGUAUAAUCUAAUUAUCAUCAUUAAACCGUGAAUAUCCUCCUUCUCUAAUAGUUUUGGGACAGUUUUAUCAUGCACAGUAGAUCCAAAUCUAGUUUGAAGAAAGGCUCUCAGAGGUCGAAAGAUCGACCUUGCUCAAGCCCAACGAGAGGCCGAGAGUCGAGGCAAGCAAUCUCAGAAGACUCGUCUGACGAAACAGAAUGUUCUCUCUCUUUUCCUGUCUUGAAACCGGUCGACAAGAGCAAAAGAUUACCAUGUUAUUCAGCAGUGUUGAACAAAUCAAAAGAUGAAGGUAUCACAAUGGAAGAUCUUGACGGGCUUCAGCUUGAGUUGGAAACAAUGCUCUCAUCUGUUGCUGUUAGAACGAGGACAUUGACAAGUGAAAUUGCAGCUCUGAAUGUAUUGGAAGAACAACGUGACAAGAAGGGACAGCUAGCAUUGCUCAAAAUCAAAAAGAAAAAGACGGAAGAAAAAUCUAAAUUGAACAAACAGAGGGAAAUCAGCAAUACUGCAGACACGCAGAAUUCUAGUCCCAGGUCUAAGUUGAAAUCCAAUGCAUCAUCAGGGAAAAAUUCUCCUCCUUCGACGUCUCAGCAUCAAUCCACAAAAUCUGGUGAACCAUCCAAGAUGCCAUUCAUUCCAAGAAUCGAUACGCCAAAUAAAUUUUGGGCAUUUGUUGGGACUUAUUGUGCAGAUGUCACACCUGAACAUAUUCAGUAUCUCGAAUCAUUGCUGAAAAUGCAAGAAAAUGACGAAGAAUUGAUGAAGAUCCCACCUCUUGGAGAGCACUACUCCAAAAAGUGGAAGGAAGAAGAAAUGGACAGCUUAAAGAACAACCUCAGUCCCUCCAAAACUCCAAAACCAUCCAAAGCACACAUAGAAAAUGAUGUUAAAGAUAUGCUGAAGAAAGUGGAUCCUAGCAUAAAGGACUUAGUUUCUACACCAAUCGCUCAAAGACUCAUGGCAUCAUUAAUCGAAGAAAAUGUCAGUCUACCAUUGCAAGAAUCUUUCAGUAUGAAUAAAGUGAAAACUGAAGUAGGAGACAAUGGUGAAAUGGCAGACUCGAAAUCCCCCACCGCCAAACGACUAAAGUUAUCUAAUUCCACGGAUGAAAAGGAGAUCAAAUCAGAGAGUGAAAAUAUGUGCGAUUGUACUCUUCGCAAAAUUCCUCAGUACCAUUCUGCCGAUUGUUUCGAUAAAUCUGUUUGUAAAAUGCUGGAGACUGCUGGAAUCUUGGAACCAGGAACUGCUGAUGAUGAAGAGAAUGAUGAAAUUCUGAAAGAAAUAAAAAAUGUCCAACAACAGUUGAAGAACAUCUCAGCAGAGAAUGAGAAACGGCUGCGAGAGUUGAUAGAGACCGCCAAAAAGGAAAUGACACGGCAGGAAAUCCAAAAGUCUUUGGAUGAACUCAACGAUGAGAUAAUUGAUGUUUACAAGAAAAUCAAUGGAAUGAAACAACAAGGUGAAACUCCCAGCAAGAAAGAUCGGGAAAAAGCAUGGAAAUUACUGACUGAAAGAGAAAAAAUCAUGAGUUCUCUGGCCUAAGUGGAGAACCACCUCUGACGAAAAGAUCUGUUUCAUAUUUCUUGUAAUUUUACGCAGAUGGUUUAUUCUUUUUGUAAAUUUUAAUUUGAAUGAAUGGUUUACUUUUUUUCCGAGAUUUUUAUUAGGGUGUCUCAAUGCAAGUUAUUGUUACAUAUGUUGAUUGAAAUUCAGUAGUCUUUUAAUUUCAGAUAAUUGAUAAACUUUUUAAUGUAUUAUAUGAGGUUUGACGAGUUGUAUGUUUAUAUAAGAGUAUUUUCUAUUUUUGAAUGUAUCAUAGGAGGUUGCUUUAAAGUUGUAUGUUUGUACAAAGUAAAAAAAAAAAAAAA